AUGGCGUCCCCCAAUGGCCGCCGUGAGGGAGACGAGGAGGCGGGCAAGGCCGAGGCUGAUGCGAGUGAGGUGAAGCCGAGCCAGUUGGACUUGCUCGUUGCCGCCGUGAUGGCCGGUGUGAAGCAGGAAAUGGCAGUGGCUCGUGAGGAGCAUGCUGAGAGAUCACGCGAGCAGGCGAGGAAGAUAGACGAGCUGGCCAGAAGGCUAGACGAGAGGGCACGCGAGCAGGCUCGGAAGGCAGACGAGAGGGCAGACGAGCUGGCCAGAAGGCUAGACGAGCAGGCACGUGAGCAGGCCCGCCAUCUUGCCGAGGUUCUCCAGAGCAGUCUCUCGUCCCUGAAAGUGGAAACGCAGCAGUACACCGACAAGGCCUGCGACAGCGUGAAGUCUGAACUGCUGGAGGAGGUGCAGUCUCUGAAAGGCGAGGUUCAGGGCUUGAGGGAGGAGGUGGAAGCGGAGACGCAGCGGCGAGAAGUGGCAACGUCGCACGCGGAGGAACACGAAGCGUCACGUGUGGUGGCGGAAGGCUGGCUGGGGUCCGCGUGGGGCCCCUGGCAAGGACCCCUGGGGCCUCGCAGCGUUGUGUCAGAGCCAGCAGCUGACGCAGGAGGUUGGGGAGCCAUCGGAGCCGCCUCCUUGGGUCCAGUUGGCGCCGGAGUCGGACCCAUUCACCCCGCCUCUCUGCCGCCCUCACCGCCACCCUCUCCUCCAUACCGGCCGGCUCACAGCCCACGUGCUCCGCCUUCUCCCCCAUCCAGCCCCUCAGCUUCCCGCCGUUCUGGGAGGCGCAAGCCGGCGGAGUAUGAUGGGAAGGUGGCCUGGGAGGCCUAUGUUGCCCAGUUUGAGAUGCUAGCUGCUGCCCAAGGCUGGGACGAGGGUGAGAAGGCGCUGCAGUUGGCAACAGCGCUACGAGGCCCAACGUGCUUCUUACGGGAGCAUGGCGGAGGCCCUGCGGCGACGUUUCGGUCACCACCACCAGGCCGAGGUGUACCGAGCUCCCCUGAAGAAGCGGACUCGGGAGAGGGGCGAGACACUGUCGUAGCUGGCGCGGGACGUGGAAGCGCUGGUCAGAAGGUCGUACGUAUCCCGCUGCCCCGGAAGAGAUGA